CGCAACACACACUCCCCUCGAUCGUCGACCUCCAGCCACAUCGUCUCUCUCCUUGUCCACCCGAGUCCGUCUUCCCCCGUCAAUCCAGCUCCAUGGCCUUCAUGCACCAGCACCUCGACCUCAUCCGCGCGCACCUCCUCGACGACCUCCACGGCGCCACCACAAGCAGCGGCGACUCCGACUCGACCGCCUCGUCCCCGCCGGCGCGACGGAUGCUACCGACAGGGCUCUCCGUCUCGCUGCCGCCGAAGCCGUCGACGAAAACUCUGGACAUGGAGCACCCGCAGCAGGAGGAGAGCUGCGGCGGCCACGUGGAGAACGACGAAGACGACUUCCGGCGGUACCGGGGCGUGCGGCAGCGGCCGUGGGGCAAGUUCGCGGCGGAGAUCCGGGACCCGGCGCGGAAGGGCGCGCGCGUGUGGCUCGGCACCUACGACGGCGCCCUCGAGGCCGCGCGCGCCUACGACCGCGCUGCCUUCCGCCUCCGCGGGUCCAAGGCCAUCCUCAACUUCCCCAACGAGGUCGGCACCCAGUCAGUCCAGUGGGCGCCCCUCGCCGACGCCACCGCCUCCAUGUUCACCUCCACCAGCGGCAAGAGGGCGAGGCCGGAACAGGAGGAGUGCCUGAUCAGGGAGGUGAAGAAGGAGAGGCUGCAGCUGGAGGAGUACGAGGAGAACGCCGAUGCCACUGCCGCGAACUACACCGCUGCGGCAGCUAGAGAGGCCGACUUCUGGGAGGAGCUCAAGGGGAUCUACAGCCUGCCGCCCCUCUCCCCGCUGUCGCCGUACCCGCUCUUCGCCUUCGCGCAGCUCUCGGCCGUCAACUGACCUGAGCCGGCGGGGGCGCAUUGUGUUGCUGUGGCCUGCUGUGUCGCAUCGCAUCGCAUGAAUUUGAUUAGAUUACAGGGCGUUCUUUGAUUUGUUACUGGUAGUAAAUUCAUUCGUUCUUUGAUAUAGUACCUCUCGUCCAACCAUGGAGCUAGCUCUCGAGGUUAUACUGUGUACACGCGCUCCAUCGAGCUGCGAUUUCUUAUAAUCAGGUGAAAUUUGGAAA